AUGUAUCCAAGAUCUACAAAAUUUGAUAAGCUUGGAAUAUCAGUUGAGAGAAAUACUCUUCAAAAAAGAAGAAAUUCUCAACCUUUCCUGAAGAGCAAUUAUAAGAGAAAAAGUACUUUAGCAGCAUUGAGACAGGAAAAACUUUUUUCCGUCCUCAAUCGACAUACCCUUAUAUUAAUUCGUUCAUAUCGAAAUACCCGCCCAUUAAAAUAUAACUCCGGAAUAAGUUAUAAUAAAAUUUUAGAUAAUGAAGGAGAGGAGUUAUCUGCUAGUGAAUCCAGAAAUGGAUAUUUGGAUGAGGAAUCAUCCAGUUCGAAAUUACUUUAUCACAAUGAAACUUCGACUUCCAUGGAUGAUCGGCAUGACCAUAUAUUUGAUGACAACUAUUUAGAAAAUUUUGAAGAACUGUCAGAAGGAUAUUCUUUGCCACGGAAAACAGUUAAAAUUAGAAGAAAGCUAGACAACUCAACAUUACCCAAUAACAGAUCACUUUUAAAUACUAAUAUAUUACCUGAUUCAUUUCGUAAAACAUUCUCCUUUGAUUAUUUUAAUAGAAUGCAAUCUGAAGCAUUUGGCGAUGUUUACGGCUCUGACAAAAAUUGUAUUAUAUCUGCACCUACUGGUUCUGGGAAAACAGUAUUAUUUGAGUUAGCUAUAAUGAGACUAGUAAAAAAUUCAGAUUACAAAAUGGACAAUAUAAAGAUAUUAUACAUUGCACCAACAAAAUCUUUAUGCUAUGAAAAAUAUAAUUCCUGGGGGAAACUAUUUUUAAAUCUAUCAGUGGGAAUUCUUACAGGUGAUUCUUCUGUCUCUGAAUCUGAAAAGGUCAAAAAAUGUAAUAUAAUAAUUACAACACCUGAAAAAUGGGAUGUAUUAACCAGGAAAUGGUGGGAUUACAUUAAGUUAUUCGAAUUAGUGAAACUAAUUCUGGUGGAUGAAAUUCAUACACUAAAGGAAAAAAGAGGGGCCACUUUGGAAGUUGUUUUAACGAGAAUGAAUUGUAUGUGUCAAGAUAUAAGAAUUAUUGGAGUAAGUGCUACAAUUCCAAAUUUAAAUGAUAUCGCACUGUGGUUAAGAAAUUCUGAAACAUAUAACAAACAGACAGCUGCAAAAGCUCUUAAUUUUGAUGAUUCAUAUAGACAAGUAUCUUUAAAAAAAUACGUCCAAGGUUAUAAUUUUUCAACAAAAAAUGAAUUUCAGCGGGAUAAUAUAUAUAAUACGAAAUUACCAACAAUAAUUAGAGAUUUCUCGAAAGGCAAACCAAUACUAAUAUUUUGUCCGACUAGAUCAUCAACUGUUGUUACAGCAAAAUAUUUAGCUCAAAAUACGUGUUUUCAAAAUGACAAGAGCCAUAGAAGCUCAUUUACAGCGAAUAUUUCUGAUAGAACUUUACUUGAAUGUAUAGGACAAAAUAUCGCAUACCAUCAUGCAGGGCUAUCACUGGAUGAAAGAAAAUUGGUUGAGGAAUCAUUUAAAAAUGGAAAUAUUAAAAUUUUGUGUUGUACUUCUACGCUAGCAGUUGGGGUAAAUCUCCCUGCCUUUUUGGUGAUUAUAAAAGGCACUAAAUUCUGGUCAACAUCAACCUCAGAAGAGUAUUCACAACUUGAUAUCUUACAGAUGGUAGGUAGAGCUGGAAGACCUCAGUUUGAAAAAGAGGGUUGUGCAGUAAUUAUGACGGAUAUGUGUAUGAAACAGUACUAUGAAAAUUUGAUCAAUGGGACUGACGAGUUAGAAAGCUCUUUACAUUUAGAACUUUUAGAACAUCUAUCAGCUGAAAUUUCGAUUGGAACAAUAACUAAUGUAACUACAGCUCUUGAAUGGUUAAAAAAUACUUUUUUCUACAUACGAUACAAAAAAAAUCCUUCCUCAUAUUAUUCAGUGAAUCAUUAUUCGAAAAUAAAUGGUUUUCAAGAUUCCAAGCUACUCCAAUUUAUUCAGGCAUUACUAGAAAGACUAGAGAAGGCUGAAAUUAUCGAAUUAAAUUUGGAAGCAGGAGACAAAUAUAAUUCUAAAAUAAACUGUACUGCCUACGGCCAGGCUAUGACAAGACAUUACAUUUUAUUUAAUUCUAUGACAAGUUUUAUUUCUAUCAAAUAUUCACAAUCAGUUGCAAAUAUUCUAAAUACCGUUUCAAACGCAGAAGAAUAUAGUACUAUUAGGGUAAGACAAAAUGAAAAAAAGCUAUAUCGAGAAAUCAAUAUGUCACCAUUAAUCAAAUACCCUUAUCUGACGAAAAAUCAACAAAGUCAAAUUAUUGAUAAUCGAAGCCAGAAAGUCUCUCUCAUUAUUCAAUAUGAAUUAGGGGGAUUGGAAUUUCCAUCAUAUCAAGGUGCUUCUAAACUGCAUCAAUCUUUCUUACAGGACAAACAUUUCAUUUUCAAACAUUGUCUUAGAAUUCUUAAAUGCAUGAUUGACGUAUUCAUAUUUAAAAAAGAUGGGGUUUCGUUAAAAAAUACAUUAUUUUUACUAAGAUGUGCCACAGGAAAUUGUUGGGAAGAUACACCAAUGGUUCUUAGACAACUAAAAAAUAUAGGUUUGGUUUCUGUAAGAAAAUUUGUGAACCAUAAUAUUCUUAACUUGGAAGAAGUAUCCAAGUUAUCCGAAUCCCAACUUGAGUAUUUCUUAUGUUUAAAAAUUGGAAAUGGAAUUAAGAUAAAGAGAGACAUAGAAUCACUACCUAGUAUUCAACUCCGAGUAAAAUUAGAAAAUUGUUCAAUUCAAGGCAAACAAUUAUUGGUAAGAUUUGGAGUAGAGAUUAGUUCAAAGUUUAAAUCUACUAUGUGGCAUGGAACUCAUUUGUCAGUUAAUAUUGUAACCAUGAAAAGCAUUGGCGAAUUAAUUGAUUUUAGGAGAGUUAACUUAUCUCAUUUACGUGCACCAAAAUCAUUUACCGUGGAGACUAUUAUUUCCUCUAAACAAAUAGAUAUUGAAUUUGAGGCUAAUUUUCAAGAAAUUGCAGAUAUUAAGGAUUCUAAAAUUUUUACAUCAAAAGACUUACAUCCACAAUACUUUAAUAUUCUACGAGAAACUGAAAGUUUUGAUGCUUUAAAUAGAUGUCUUUUUGUCCCAGAAGAUGGUAACACUGAAAGCUUAGAUAGUAUGUCAUCUGAUGAUUCUAUUUUACGGUAUUUUGAUGUGGAUACUUCCGCAAAGGAUUCUCAGUCUUCAAAACAGGCCAUACCUAGCAACCAAUGUCCUGAGCUCAAGAAGAUUACUGACAGAAAACGAUAUGAAAAUGGGAAUUAUUCAUGUAAUCACAAAUGCCAUAAUAAGGAAAACUGUAGACAUCUUUGUUGCAAAGAAGGCAUCCCUGAAACGUUUUUAAAGCUCCCCAAAAAUCAAAUAUCAGGGAACACUAUUCAAGAGUCAGAACAAAACAUUAACAAAAAAAAAAUACAUAAAAAUAAAGAAAUAUCAAUACUCCUUUCAAAUUCAUUUUCAAAUUCACACAUUAAUAAAGAGAGUAGUUUAACAGAACAUUUAUUCCAAAGUAAAAAUAUCCCCGAAAAAAUCAUUACCCAAAAGGAUUAUCAUCCUGAGUGGAAAUUAAGAAGUUUUGAUCUGCCAGUCAAUAUACCAAUAUUAAAUCUUGAAAGUUCUGAAUAUGAGGAAGAAGUUCCAAUUGAUAAUAUACCAGUAGAUUUCACUCGACAAAUCAAUGAAACUUCUAAUAUAUUAAUUGAUAAUAAAAUAUCAACAGGAUUGCGUAGUGGCUUAGAGAGUGAUACAAAAAGUAUAAUACCAGAUAAAAAUUUUAAUUUAAACAAAGAUGAUAUUAUUAAAGUUGAUAAUUUAUCAACCAGCUCUUCGAGCUCUGAAAUAGAAAUAUGUGACAAUGAAGCUGGCAGUAUUGGAACCCUGUCAUUUCUUGGCUCGGAUGUCAUUUUACUGUAG